ACAAUCAAACAAACUCUACUUAUUUUGAGUUUUAAAAAACUAAUGCAACAAAAUGACAAAUGCGGAAAUAACAGCGUGGGUUGAAAAAAUUGGAUAUGGCAAAGAAACAGUAGAGUCGGAGUCAGACACCGGACAGAUACGAAAUCAACGGUCUAGAUGAAGAAGGCACUAACCGAAUCGAAGGGCUACAUAUACAUCCGUACAAAGUCUCACUUAUCGACUAGCAACGGUUCAAAACACUCCACGUGUCCACAAGAUAAGCGUUAUUAACCUCUCUGAUCCAACGGAUCCUGCUCAUUACCUCCCCAAAACACAAACCAAAAUAAAGUCUCCGUUCCGUUUCACUCAUUCCCACUUCGCCGGAGCCACCGUCAUCCACCGCUGGAAAACACUCUCCGAGUGCCACAGAAAGUCACACGUUCAUUGAAUUUUUAAGUUUCGACUUGUUUGUUUCCACUUUCAGAAACAGAGCUUCGAUUUCACGCAGAAACUGACUUCAAAAUUCCGAUAAAAUUGCACAGUUACUUCAAUUUCAUAUUUCGAGGAGUUUCUUCCGCAGGCAAGUUGAACCGAACCGAACCGUUGGAAAGUCGAGGAUGGCGGACUCCGAUAACGACUCCGGCGGACCACACAACGGUGGCGGAUCGAACGCUCACGGCGAGAUGUCACCGAGAGAACAGGACAGGUUCCUCCCGAUAGCGAACGUGAGCAGGAUCAUGAAGAAGGCACUUCCAGCGAACGCGAAGAUCUCAAAGGACGCAAAGGAGACGGUUCAGGAGUGUGUGUCGGAGUUCAUAAGUUUCAUCACCGGCGAAGCUUCCGACAAGUGCCAGCGAGAGAAGCGUAAGACAAUCAACGGCGACGAUCUGCUUUGGGCGAUGACGACACUUGGAUUUGAGGAAUAUGUCGAGCCACUAAAGGUUUACCUUCAGCGAUUUAGGGAGAUGGAAGGGGAGAAGUGUGUGGCGGCGCGUGAUAAAGACGCGCCUCAAUCUUCUAAUAAUGUGAGUAACAGUUCCUUUGAGAGUGGUAGUUAUGGUGGUGGAAUAAUGAUGCAUCAAGGACACGUGUAUGGCUCUGGUGGGUUUCAUCAAGUGGGAGGUACUACUGUCAUGGGUAAGGGUGGGCCUGGUUAUUCUGGACCUGGAUCUAAUGCCGGUAGGCCCAGAUAGUCAGAUUGAUUUUGAAAAAACAUGAGUUUCUUUUUUCACUCCACAUUUCUAAACAAAUCAUGUAUGUUUUUAGAAGUAUACCUCCAUUUUUUUGUCUGAAAAUAUCUUUUGGACAACAUAAAAGUUGUGUUUGUUUCAGAUAUAUAUUUCUGAAGUGACUUAGAAAUGUGGAUAAAAAAGUUCUCAAAAACUUUUUCUACUUCAACUCAAUUUAGAUGUACACAUUCGAAAAAGUAGCGAGCAUGGUUAAAGGUAGACCGCUCUAGAUUAAUGUGUAUGUUGUGACCGUUUAAUUAUUCAUGAAUGAUGAAUUGUUAUUAGUCAAUUAAGAAUGAGAGAGGGUUGGUUUGGGGAUUUGCAUUUUUAUAUCACUGGUCAUUGAUUAGCAUGUUGUAAAGUAAGGCACACUCCUAAAGGCUAAAGCCAAGCAAUCUGUAACUGUUUCUUUGACUGCUGUAUUAAUGUUGUACAAUAGAAAUUGUGCUUAUUGCUAUUGUCAUUUGUUUCACUUUUA